AUGCGCCCCACGGAGAAGGACCAGAACGAGACGCAGGAUGAGCACAGACACCAUUACGGAUACAAAAGAGACCUCCGUACAGCCAUGCCUCAAAUAAUCGCGGUCAACGUGAAGAACCUCCUGCUAUUGGGCUACGGCAUGACCCUGGGCUUCCCCACCAUCCUGAUACCAGCGGUCAGCCAGCCGAGACCAGACGAGGUGUUGCGCUUGGACACCAGUCAGAUUUCUUGGAUAGGCUCGAUAAACCUGAUCGUGGUGCCGCUGGGGUGCGCGCUGUCGGGCGCGGUGACGACACCGAUGGGUCGGCGACGCGCCAUGCAGGCCGUCAACUUGCCAUUCCUGCUGGCCUGGCUGCUGUUCCACUUCUCGGGGACCGCUGGCCACCUCUACGGCGCGCUGUUCUUGACCGGCCUCGCGGGCGGACUUCUAGAGGCACCCGUGCUGACCUACGUGGCGGAGAUAACGCAGCCGCACCUGCGCGGCGCGCUGGCCGCCACCAGCUCUAUGUGCAUCAUCAUCGGAGUGUUCACCCAGUUCCUGUUCGGCACGCUGCUCUACUGGCGGUCGGUCGCUCUAGUCAACAUAACAGUCACGGUGCUGGCCGUUUUGGCGCUGUUCUUCGUUCCGGAGUCUCCCCACUGGCUGGUCUCCAGGCAGCGCCACGCCGAAGCUCGAAAGAGUUUACAAUGGUUGCGGGGCUGGACUACACCGCAAGCGGUCGAAGAGGAACUUAAGGACAUUCAGGUCCUAUUCAAGAGAAAAAAAGUGGGUAACAACGAAGUUGAAGAUACUUGGUCCGAGAAGGUGUCGCAAUAUCUGCACCGCAGUUUCCUGGUGCCGUUCUCCCUCGUCAGUUACAGCUUCUUCGUCGGCCACUUCAGCGGCAUGACCACGCUUCAGACGUACGCAGUGUCGAUCUUUCAGUCGUUGGAGGCGCCCAUGGACAAGUACAACGCAACCCUGGUGCUGGGGCUGGUGCAGAUCGCUGGCACCGCGAGCUGCGUUGUCCUGGUUCGAGUGGUGGGGAAGCGGGUGCUGACGCUAAUUUCCAGCGCCGGGGCGGCUACCUGCUGCCUCCUGCUAGCCGGCUACGACGUUUACAUCCAGAUGCAGGAUAAGCCGUACGGCGGCGUCAUGGUCAACGGGUUGGCGGACAACAGCUCUACGUUGGGAUUGAAUGCUCACGAUGACGCGGAGUCUGUGAAGAACCCCUACUCAUGGAUACCCAUGACCCUCCUGUUUUUUCUGGCGUUCAUCACGCACACCGGCAUCCGGAUGCUGCCCUGGAUCCUCAUCGGGGAGGUGUUCAGCGCGAAGACGCGCGCCGGCGCCGCCGGGCUGGCCAGCGCGGUGGGCUACGUCUUCGGCUUCGUCACGAACAAGGUCUACAUCGGAAUGGUGGACCUGCUCUCCAUUUGGGGCACUUACGGCUUCUACGGGCUCAUAUGCUUGACCGGCUGCGUGGUAUUCUACUUCAUACUGCCGGAGACCGAGGGCAAGAAGCUCAACGACAUCGAGAACCACUUCGCCGGCGUGAAGAAGCUCUCCAACGAAGUCUACCGCUCUAAGAAAAGAAAAAAUUUGGAGAUUUCAAAAAUGCGGGAAAUUAAAGGCGCCGUCAACCAAUCCUUUGAAGGAGACAACACGAAUCUU